AUGCUAUUCAACCCACGGGAUGGGUCGCUCCCAGGAGCAUCAUGGGCUUGGAAAAAAAUGAUGCGAUUCGGUGUCGCAUUUCUGGUUAUAAUAGGCUUCGUCGUCAUGCUAUGGCCCUCAGCAGAGCCGAUCAAAAUGCCGCUGACAACGGUGUCCAACAUCACCAUCUCCCCAGAUGUCCGCUGUGAACUGGAUUACGAUCUGUUGACCAGACUCGACGUUCUUAACGUCGCUCAAUAUACCCGCCGUGAAAUUGUGGUCGAUACGACGGAGGAACCAGUGCCCUACACCACGCGGCUCGAGCAGCCGCUUUUGGGUGUGAAGAAGGGCACCGAGGGAGCCGCAGAUGGAUGCUCGAUACCCAUACCUAUGGCUGUGACAGUUCCCAAACCCCCAAAAUUGCCGAUCGCUUCACACAUCGAUUUCGGAGUCGCCACCAGCGUGGAGCGAUUGAACGAUUCUCUCGAUGCGUUCGCGCACUGGGCUGGAUACACACGGACUCGUAUUUUCGCUUUGAUUGAAACUGAUAGAUCGGAAAAUGGAAUCCGUGAUGUCAAGGCCAAAGCCGAAGAUCUUGGUAUCAACCUGUUCAUCACCGAGUCGGACGAUGACUACCUGCACCGAUACUUCGCCCUCAUCCCCCUUCUGGAAGAAAAUGCCCGGGAGUCGACCCGCUGGGGCUGUAUCAUCGAUGACGAUACCUUCUUCCUAUCCAUGGCCAGCUUGGUGGAAGCACUGGACAAGUACGAUCACACCAAGUCCAUGUACAUCGGCGGGCUAUCAGAGUCGAUCCCGCAGAUUGCGACAUUCGGAAUGAUCGGAUUCGGAGGCGCAGGCGUCUUCUUAUCGCGUCCUCUGAUGACAGAAAUCACUAACAAAUAUGACGAGUGCUCUGCCAUGGAUUUCACCGGUGAUCGCCGCAUCGCAAUCUGCGUCUACCGCUACACCCAAACCCGCCUAACAGUCGACCACCGUCUCCGUCAGCUUGACCUGAUGCACGACGCAUCCGGCUUUUUCGAGUCCGGCCGCGAGCCCCCGCUCACAGUGCAUCACUGGAAAUCAUGGUUCCACGCCGACAUGCCCAAGUUGGCAGUGAUCUCCGAGCUGUGCGGCGACACCUGCCUCCUCCGACAAUGGCACUUUGGCGAUGGCUGGAUCCUGACAAAUGGCUACUCCGUCAUCAAGUACCACUACGACCCCGAUGAGGGCGAUCUCGCCAUGGAGCAGACGUGGGAUGCGCACAACGGCGCCAAUGAAGAGUCAUACUUGCAUGAGCUUGGUCCGCUCCGUCGUAAGGACGAGGAUAAGAAGAGCUUUCAGUUGCAGGAUGCCGUCGUUGAGGAGAAUGGCCGUGUGACGCAGUGGUAUGUUCUUCGUGAUCCGAAGAAGGGCGAUGAGAUCCUGGAGCUGUCAUGGCGCAAGAGGUAA